AUGAAUCCCGACAAGUUCACACACAAGACCAACGAGGCCCUCGCUGGUGCUCAUGAACUGGCUAUGAAUGCUGGACAUGCUCAAUUCACGCCUCUUCACUUUGCUGCGGCUUUGAUAUCUGACCAGUAUGGUAUUUUCCGACAAGCAAUUGCUAGUGCUGGUGGUGGUGACGAGGCUGCAAAUUCAGUGGAGAGGGUCAUCAACCAAGCUCUGAAGAAACUACCUUCGCAGACGCCUCCCCCUGAUGAAAUUCCAGCAAGCACUUCAUUGAUCAAAGUAAUUCGAAGAGCACAAUCCUUGCAGAAAUCCCGUGGUGACACCCAUUUGGCAGUUGAUCAACUAAUUUUAGGCCUUCUAGAGGACUCUCAAGUCCAAGAUCUCUUAAAAGAGGCAGGAAUUAGUACAGCAAGGGUGAAAUCGGAAGUUGAGAAGUUGCGGGGCAAAGAUGGUAGGAAGGUGGAGAGCGCUUCUGGGGAUUCGUCGUUCCAAGCUCUUAAGACCUAUGGGCGUGACCUUGUUGAGCAGGCUGGAAAACUUGACCCCGUAAUUGGCAGAGAUGAAGAAAUCCGAAGAGUUAUUAGGAUUCUUUCUAGAAGGACUAAGAAUAACCCCGUCCUCAUUGGAGAGCCAGGAGUUGGUAAAACUGCAGUGGUUGAGGGAUUGGCUCAAAGAAUUGUUAGUGGUGAUGUCCCGAGCAAUCUUGCUGAUGUGAGGCUUAUAGCGUUGGACAUGGGAGCUUUAAUUGCUGGAGCAAAAUACAGGGGAGAAUUUGAAGAGAGGUUGAAGGCUGUACUAAAGGAAGUUGAAGAAGCUGAAGGGAAAGUAAUUCUAUUUAUUGAUGAAAUUCAUCUGGUGUUAGGUGCUGGGCGCACUGAAGGAUCAAUGGAUGCUGCUAAUCUCUUUAAGCCUAUGCUUGCAAGAGGUCAGCUGCGGUGCAUUGGUGCUACAACUCUGGAGGAAUACAGGAAAUACGUGGAGAAAGAUGCUGCAUUCGAGCGGCGUUUCCAGCAGGUUUAUGUGGCUGAGCCAAGUGUUGCUGAUGCUAUAAGCAUUUUGAGAGGGCUGAAAGAAAAAUAUGAAGGGCAUCACGGUGUUAAGAUUCAGGAUCGAGCUCUAGUGGUUGCAGCCCAGCUAUCAUCUAGAUACAUUACAGGGAGACAUUUGCCUGAUAAGGCAAUUGACCUAGUAGAUGAAGCUUGUGCAAAUGUUAGAGUUCAACUCGACAGUCAACCUGAAGAAAUUGAUAAUCUCGAAAGGAAGAGGAUUCAAUUGGAGGUAGAACUCCAUGCUCUUGAGAAGGAGAAAGAUAAAGCCAGCAAAGCUCGGCUGGUUGAAGUUAGAAAGGAACUUGAUGAUUUGAGAGAUAAACUGCAGCCAUUGAUCAUGAGAUAUAGGAAGGAGAAGGACAGAAUUGAUGAGCUCCGACGACUAAAGCAAAAACGGGAUGAGCUGUUGUAUGCCUUGCAGGAAGCUGAAAGGAGAUAUGAUCUUGCUAGAGCAGCUGACUUGAGAUAUGGAGCUAUUCAGGAAGUGGAAACUGCUAUUGCAAACCUUGAGUCAAGUGGAACUGAGAAUGGAAUGCUUACAGAAACUGUUGGACCGGAUCAAAUUGCAGAAGUUGUGAGUCGUUGGACUGGUAUACCCGUCACGCGGCUUGGCCAGAAUGAGAAGGAGAGAUUAAUAGGUCUUGCUGAUAGGCUGCACCGACGAGUUGUAGGACAAGAUCAAGCGGUUGCGGCAGUUGCAGAAGCUGUUUUGAGAUCUAGAGCUGGGUUGGGUAGACCCCAACAGCCAACUGGUUCAUUUCUGUUCUUGGGUCCGACUGGUGUUGGCAAGACUGAACUAGCUAAGGCUCUUGCUGAGCAACUAUUUGAUGAUGAUAAUCUGAUGAUCAGAAUUGACAUGUCUGAAUACAUGGAGCAGCACUCUGUUGCCAGAUUAAUUGGUGCUCCUCCAGGUUAUGUCGGCCAUGAGGAAGGUGGGCAACUGACGGAAGCAGUAAGAAGACGGCCUUAUAGCGUUAUUCUUUUCGACGAGGUGGAGAAAGCUCACCCAACUGUGUUUAAUACCUUGCUUCAAGUGUUAGACGAUGGGAGGUUAACUGAUGGCCAAGGCCGUACAGUGGACUUCACAAAUACAGUCAUCAUUAUGACCUCAAAUCUUGGUGCUGAAUUUCUCUUGAGAGGACUAAUGGGCAAGUGUACUAUUGAGAGUGCUCGUGAAUUGGUUAUGCAAGAGGUGAGAAAGCAUUUCAAACCUGAGUUGUUAAAUCGGCUUGAUGAGAUUGUGGUUUUCGAUCCUCUAUCUCACGACCAAUUGAGGAAGGUAUGCGGCCUUCAAUUGAAAGAUGUUGCAAGUCGCUUAGCAGAACGAGGUAUUGCCUUGGGUGUAACGGAAGCGGCAUUGGACGUCAUAUUAGCUGAAAGUUAUGAUCCUGUAUACGGCGCAAGACCUAUAAGGAGAUGGUUGGAGAAAAGGGUUGUGACCGAGUUGUCAAAAAUGCUUAUCAAAGAGGAGAUUGAUGAGAACUCAACUGUAUAUAUCGACGCAGCGCCCAAUGGGAAAGAUUUGACAUAUCGGGUGGAGAGGAACGGAGGACUCGUUAAUGAAGCUACGGGUGAAAAAUCUGAUAUAUUGAUUCAGAUUCCGAAAGGGUCGAGAAGUGAUGCUGCUCAAGCAGUAAAGAAGAUGAAGAUUGAGGAAAUAGUCGAUGAUGAUGAAAUGUACGAGUAA